GGAUAAUCUCGUAUCAUCGUCUAUCCUGAUCCUUCUGAAUGGCCCCCAAUCUCGCUGUUCUCCAGCCAGUCAUGCUUGCUCUCUGCAGUCCACUCGUGCCCCGAUGCCCACCCCCCUGCCCCCCUGGAGGGUCUUCCGGGCUCCCCAUUCCACAUGCUCGACGACUGCGACUCUCCACGUCAAGGCUCGAAGCGAACCUGAGACUAACGAUGCUCUAGCGCUCAUGCCAGGGUCUGCGGAAUGCCCACGAGGCUGCCGCUGCAUUCUCAUCCUCAGUCCUGAAUUCUUUGGCUUCAUGCCUCGCUGCUCUCCUCCAUGCGGUACCAGUGGCUCGGACUCCGCCGUGGCCUCCUGAGCCCCAAGCUGCUGCUGCUGGAUCUCAGCGCCUACACUCGUCGCCUGCUGCCCGCCUUCCUGCUGCUGUAUCUGGCCCUGCUGUUCGUUGCCCGCCAGCACUCGCUCCGUGAUCCGACCUCCAGCUUCUUCCAGGAGUCCACCGGCUACUCGCCCACCUAUUCCACCGUCCGCACCGCCCAGGCAAACCAGUACAUCCAGGAUGCUGAACAGGGCAGAGGCGAGUCCUGGCGAUGGAGAUCGUCUGACAGCCCGUCCUUCUGCGUCGGCGUUGCGACCGUCGCGCGCAACAACACCCGCUACUUCAAGACCAUGGUAGGCUCGCUGCUUGAUGGCCUGAGCCAGUCUGAGCGCGCGGACAUGCACCUGCUGCUCUUCGUCGCCCAUACCGACCCCUCGCAGCACCCUGCAUACUCGGAGCCGUGGCUCAAUCGAGUGCCCGACCAGGUGCUGUUGUACGACAAUGCGACCGUUGAUAUCGACCACAUCCGCAGUCUGGAGUCCAGCGAGGCCCGCUUUGACGGGCGCGAAAAGGCGCUGUUUGAUUAUACCUAUCUGCUGAAGGCCUGCGAAGCCGUCGGUGCCCAGUACGUGGUGAUGCUGGAAGACGAUGUCCUGGCAAUGGAUGGCUGGUACCACCGCACGCGGCAGGCUUUGCACUCUAUAAAAGAUCAGAUGAGUGUAAAGGGGGCUGAGGCUUGGCUGUAUUUCCGUCUCUUCUACACCGAAGAGUUCCUUGGCUGGAACUCCGAAGAGUGGCCAACAUACCUGUUCUUCUCGCUCGUCACCGUGGGCUGCGUUGCCUUUCUUCUACUGGGCGCGCGCAGCUACCAGCCCAAGAUGUAUCCCUUUGUUCCAAACGACCUGGUCCUGGUAAUCUGCGGAGUGUUCACGCCUCUCCUGAUCGGCCUCUACUUUGCGUCAGGUCGAGUCACGAUGCGCCCCAUCCCUGCUGGAGUGCACGAGAUGCCCAAGUUUGGCUGCUGCUCUCAGGCCUUCGUCUUCCCUCAGUCCCGUGUCCCCGACCUAAUCAGCAUGUAUGAGGAAAAGAGAAUAGGAUACGUGGACAUGCUGACGGAAGAUUUUGCGAACGACCGCGACGAGAUCCGAUGGGCCAUCACCCCCAGUGUCAUGCAGCAUGUCGGCCGCAGGAGCUCCAAGGAUGCCCUGAACGAGCCCGAGGCGAAGAAACUCCUGGCGAGUCUCUGGAAUUUUGCAUUUGAAACGAAUGAUGCCGCUGCCCUGCGCCGGGAGCAUGAGGCGUAUCUGAGUGGUGCCACUGCUCACCCUGGUGGUUCAUAGCCGAAGUGUAUAUAGUAUAUCUGGGUUUAGCCAUGUAUAAUAUGAUAAUCUGGAC